AUGACUGUCGAAAAUCUGCAGCAAGCACCCCCGUGCUCGUCGCUUGAUUUGGAAGCACCAGACGGGUAUGCCUCACAAGAGCAGCCUCUUGAAAAGGAAAUCAGUGUUGGCGACGGCAUUUCACAUCAAAGCAGCAGACCCCUUGCGGAGUCCUUCUCACUGCUGCACGAGAUCCUCUUUGUGGGCAUCAUAUGCACUGCACAGUUCACCACGCAAGUCGGCCUGGGCCAAGCGCUUUUCAUCAUCCACGACAUAGGGCAAAGCUUCAAUCUCACCGAUCCAAGCGAGUUGACAUGGCUGAUUGCCGGGUACAGCUUGACGGUUGGGACAUUCAUCCUCAUCAGUGGACGACUGGGAGAUAUGUUUGGUUACAAACUAAUGCUGAUCAUCGGAUUUACCUGGUUCUCGCUCUGGUCAAUGAUCGCCGGGCUAGCCAUAUACUCAAAUCAUGUACUGUUCGUCUUCGCUAGGGUCUUCCAAGGAAUUGGGCCUGCCAUCCUCCUACCAAAUGGGGUCGCUCUCCUCGGUGCAAGUUAUGCGAAUGGCAGCCCUAGAAAAGAUAUGGUAUUUGCGAUCUUCGGUGCUUGUGCCCCUGGCGGCUCGCUCAUCGGCGGUGCUUUUGCAGGGGUCUUCGCUUUGGCAUGGUGGCCGUGGACAUUUUUCUCUUUCGCCAUUAGCCUCGCCAUCCUUGCAAUGGCCUCUUUCUUCGUCAUUCCCGAACCCCCGCAAAGAACCGAAUUUGCGAAAUAUUCCCUCCGAAACAAAAUCGAGCUCCUUGAUCUGCCUGGCGCCACGGUGGGCGUUACCGCCCUGGUAUUGUUUAACUUCGCCUGGAAUCAAGCACCAAUUGUGGGCUGGCAGAAGGCAUAUGUCUACGUGACCAUGCUCAUCGGAAUUCUGCUAGUGCCGUUGUUUUUCUACAUUGAGUUUCGGGUCUCUAAAGCUCCUCUUGUGCCUUUCGAUGCACUAAGUGUGGAUGUUGGAUUUGUGUUGUCUUGCAUCAUCUGCGGUUGGGCUUCAUUCGGUAUAUGGGCUGUAUAUUUGGUCAAUUUCUUAGAGAUUCUACGAGGCGCAUCACCUCUGCUUACCGUGGCAUACAUGAGUCCGGUGGCCAUUUCAGGCGCUUGUGCAUCCGUCGUUACAGGGAUCCUCUUGUCCAAACUUCGGCCUGCAAUGGUCAUGACGAUCGCACUUACGUGGUUCACCGUUGGACACAUCCUGGUGGCCACUACCCCUGUCCACCAAACGUACUGGGCACAGACUUUCGUCGGACUGGUGCUGAUACCCUGGGGGAUGGAUAUGUCUUUCCCUGCGGCAACAAUCAUUCUCUCGAACGCUGUGCGCAAAGAACACCAAGGUAUCGCGGCCAGUCUUGUCACCACAAUCGUCAACUACAGUAUAUCUCUGGGACUGGGGUUCGCAGGGACCGUGGAGGUGCACGUCAAUCACGGCGGACGCACCCCACAUGAGAUCUUGCUGGGGUACCGUGCAGCAUGGUAUCUUGGAGUCGGGUUCGCCGGGCUCGGAUUGUGCAUAAGUAUUGUGUUUCUGCUCAGAGACUACUUUGGGCGCAGUACGAAGAAUCGUGUAUGA